ACCGCGCGCGACUUGUUGUUAGGCGCUUCAUUCACGUUUAACGACCGUGAGCAGCGGAGGAAUGGACGAGAAAGAAGAAGAUGUGGGUACAUUCGAUCCAAACAUACCAGAGGAGGGACCAUCAGCGCCACCUCCUGGCUGGCUGGAUGAUAUUCAUGGAUAUCAGGGCCUCAAAGGAGGAGAUGACGAUAACCCGCUGUACCCACCGCCCCCUGCCUACAAUCCCCAACCUGAACAAAACAGAAGCACAUCAGUGCCCGACGUUAGGGUCCCUUCGGUGUCAGAGGAUGUAGCCAGAGAUGCUCUGCUCAAAUUUGUGGAAUCCAAAUGGAAUUACAGCUCCAAACCUGCCAGGAACCUCACCUUCAAAGAUCUGCAGCCCAUCACAGUGUACAGGUAUCGACUGGAGACCUACACUGAGACCAGAGCCAGCGCCUGGCAGUUUGAGCCCUACAACGGUCAGACGGUGGACGGUCCUCAGUACGGUAUGAGCCCCGCGCCGUGGGACAUCCCGGUGUCGCUGCCUCAGAGAUACACCGACAAGGUGGAGAAGAUCCGAGUGCCGCACUCGUCGUUCGUGAAGGUGUGUCACAAGUGCAAAGGCUGCGGGAGAACUCGCUGCACCGCCUGCUUCGGCCGAGGCCAGAAGCGCUGCACGUUCUGCCACGGCCGCGGUCGUAUCAGGAACAAGCACUGCACUUCCUGUCAUGGCAGAGGUCGAAAGAGGUGUUUGAGCUGCCACAGCCACGGCUACAAGACCUGCUCCGUUUGUCUCGGCAGCCAAAACCUGCUGCAUUUCAUCCAGCUCACAGUGACGUGGAAGAACAACGUCAGUGAGUUCAUUCCCGACCGCCAGCCCGACUUUCCUGACAGGAAGUUCGAGAAGGUGUCGGGAGACGCUUUCUUCGUCGAUGAGAGUUUGCUGGUGUAUCCUAUCCAGGGUUUCCCGGAUCAGGAGAUCUGUGAGGUUUCAACAAAACUGAUUAACGAACACCUCGAGCGCUUCACCGCCACCAGCCGCAUCCUGCAGCAGCGUCAGAGCAUCGAGCUGGUGCCCCUCACUCAUGCCUAUUACACCUACAGCGGGAAAGACUACAGCUUCUUCGUCUACGGGCUGGAGAACAAAGUGUUUACCUCCAAAUAUCCCUCUGCAUGUUCCAUCCUGUAGGCAGCACGGUAUCGAUAUUUAAUCCCACGACCCAUAUAACCAUUUUUGUUUUGUAUGUUUACUUAAGAAUCUCUGUUUAUGAUCAAAGCUCAGCUUAUUUUUGACAGGAUUCACCUCCAAAUCACAGGGAGCCAAACUUUUAAGAUAAGUGGCCCCAAAGCCGUCGCAGGUGUCGGUUCAGUUAAACAUGUUGAUGGAUUUUCACUAGAAAAGUUUCCAUAUAUCCGCAGAUAAACUUUGUUAUGCAUGUUAGUUAUUUUAACCAUGAAUCAGUAUGAAUUAUACCUCUUUCUCUAAUCUGCUAUAAUCCACCCACUGUGUGUGUGUGUGUGUGCCCUAACAUCUACUUCCUGUUUACCAACCUGGUUAUUUCCUGUUGCUGCUGGUGCUUUCUUUGUGGCAUUCAGUGCUAAAUGCUUUUGUUCAGUACAUCAUCAGGUCAGAUCACAACCUGGAGUUUAGUUGUUUAUAUGUUCAGUCUUCAGACGUCCUGCAGUCACGCUCAGGGUUUAUUCUCUUAUUUUCUGCACGAACCUCAUUUUACUGCUUUAAACACCUGAAGUUGCUGCUUUUGGUCUCAGAUGCAGUCAGACUCGUUGCCACACUGUUACUCUCGUUACUGUUAGUACGAGUGCACUUACAGCGUCAGGUUCGACUCGAGAUCUUUCUUGGUAAUUCUCAUUGAGUGAUGUUUUUAAAGAAAAGUGAUUAAGUGAGAAAAUAACUGGCAGAAUAAUCAAUACUGAAAGUCAUUGUUAGAAGGAGCACCGCCCAGAACAUCACAGAACACGAAUGACCAAAGAUUUUUAACCUUUCUGGACGUUUCAUUUUGGUGUCUCGCUCUCAGUCUCUCUGUGAUUGGUUUUGGUUUCUCUGAUGGUUUUUUUGCAUAUUUUUGUCUCUUUGUGAUUUCAGUCUGUUUUUUUGUGUGUGGUCAUCUUUUUUUUAUGUUUUUUGUCAUUAUCAAUACCCUUGUUGAAAUAUUUAGUCACGUUUAUUCAGUUUCUCGUUAUUUUCAUAUUUUUUUCUUUGGAUUUUUCCAUAUUUGUCAUCAUUUUUUUUGUCUUUGUUGUAAUUUUUAGCUUCUACUUUAAGUCUCUUUAUUGGUGUUUUGAGUGUUUUCAGUCUUUUAGCUGAGCUCGGUUCAGGUUCAGGGUCUUCCUGCCUCCUUUCUUCAGCCUGUCCAAUCAUCCAUCCAACGGUCCAGGUCUUGUUAGGCGAAUAAUUACAGGGAUGGAAUCGCUGUUAUAUAAAUAUGAAUGAUGGACUUCAAUAGUAAAGUGUAAAGUUUUGCUUGAUGGAUAAACAUCAUUGAAUUUAAUCUGGUUGAGGAUUUUUCUGGAGCUGUAAGGUGAUUCGGUGCAGGUUCAGCGGGUCGAGCAGGCGACCCGUGUGUCGUACGGCUGUUGCCUUAAAGUUGUUGUUUUUUUUAAGUCUACAUGUAAAAGAAGAGACGAAUCUUCUUCGGGGCAGAAAAUGAACUCCAGGCCAAAUUCCUGGAAGAUUAAGUGCAGCAGUUUACUGCCAGCGAUGAUAAAAUGCAGCUUCCUGUCUGAAGCAGUUUGAACCUGCUUGUCAAUUUCUAAUGAUGUCAUUAGUAGGGACUGUUCGUACGUUUUCCCCUUACAGCUUCUGUAAAACCCGUCCAGUGUUUGGACAUUUUUCCUGAAGUGACACAGAAAACAUGUCUCAUGCUGUAUUUAACAUUUGUACAUCCCUACAGACUCUCAUGUGUACAGCUAAAAUAACAUUUUGAUAUCUUUUAUUGUUUUAAAAACUAUAAAUCACCUGCCGAUGUUUGCAGUAAAGUUAUCACACAAAUAAAAAUGUUUUUAUCGUUA